CCAGUUACUAGAGUUGCGUCUAGAUGGACGGAAUUCUCUUAUGUGUUAUACCGAAAUAUCGGUUUUGCGUACCAUUUAUUUGGUGCAUAAAUUCUUAUGUAAAAUCAUGUAUUUGUUAAUAUUACAAGUGUAUUAAAAUUCAAUAUUCAAAUCUGUAUUAUAAUUGUACAAAACUAAAGUGUGAUUUUUAAUAUAAAUAUCCAACAUGGAGUCGAAUAUGGAUCGUGUAUAUGCUGCAGAAAAGAUUAUGAAGAAAAGGGCGAAACGAGGCAAAGUGGAGUAUUUUGUAAAAUGGAAGGGUUGGAGUUAUCGACAUAGUACUUGGGAACCAGAGGAGAAUAUUUUAGAUUUACGAUUAAUUGAUAUUUAUGAGCAAAGUCAAAGGGCAGAUCGACCUCCAGCAAAAAGGGGCCCAAAGAAGAAAGAACGGCCACCUGUACAGAUUAAGGUAGAGGAAGAUCAAGUAGAAGAAGAUUCGUCUCAGGAUGAACCGUUAAUAAAGAGUACUAAAAGCGCAAAUGUCUCUCAAGCGGAAUCUACUGUUAAACCUGAAGACGAAGAUACAAGUCAAGAGUCUGUUGAUGAAAAACCAGAAUUAACAGAUACGAGAGAUGAUGAAAAUAGUAAUAGUGGAAGUAGUGACGAUGAACAACCUAUUGUUCGACGAAUAGAACCUGCAGGUACUAAACGUAAAGCAGAAGUAUUAUCCAAAGAAUCUGGUAAAAUUGGUGUAACAAUAACUACCAGUAGUCCUAGCGGAACACACAGUCCACCACCGAAUAAAAUUCCUCGAUUAAUUCCAGUCAAACAGUCACCCAUAUCAUCACCUACAUCACCGACAUUUAAUCAACGAGUCAAUGGUCGAAGGCCUUCUUCAUCAAGUUCUCGGUCAGCGUCAGAAAGAGAACCAACUGAAGAGGCCAGUGAAGCAGUUCCAGCAGCAUCUCCUCCUGCAGUUUUAACAGCUACAGCUCCUCGCUCUAAUAGUGACAAACGAUCAGUGAGUUCACCGGCAGCAUUACCGUUGCCUUCCGCAACAAAAGCUGAUUCUGAAUCACUUCAACAAAACGUACCUAAAAGUCCAGUAUCAACAGAAACACCUGAUAAUGCUAAAUCCAGGUUAACUGAAACAAAUGGGCAUACAGAUAAACCUAUUGAUGAAAAGAGUAACAGUGUAAACAGUGUUAGUAAAUUAACUGCUUCCAGUGAAAAACUUCCGAUAAACGGACAUCAUGUAGUAUGUAAUAAUAAUAACAAUAAUAAUAAUAAUAAUACAGUGGUAAGUGAGGAUAAGGAUCCGCCGAGUCCUCCAACAAUUGUGAAUCAUAUGUUAACAAGUCCUGGUUCAGAUUAUUGGUUGGCUAGAAAUCCAGUAGCUGAUCAAGUAUUUAUUACAGAUGUGACUGUAAAUACAGAAACAGUUACAAUUAGAGAAUGUAAAACUGAAAAAGGAUUUUUUCGUGAUCGCACUGACUUGACAAAAAAUAGUGAUAUAUGA